AUGGGUACACGCGCAAUAAAUAGUAGACUAAAGUUCUCAAAAGAAGUAGCAACAUCCAUACGUGGAGCAAUUAUUUUAGCAAAAUUAUCUGUUAUUCCUGUGAGAAGAGGAUAUUGGGGAAAUCAAAUUGAUCCAGCACACACUGUACCAUGUAAAGUUACAGUUGAAUGUGGUAGUGUAUUAGUAUGUUUAAUUCCUGCUCCACGUGGUACAGGUUGA